AUUUCAGGUUAUGGGAGCCCAUAUAGCUAACGGUACAAUGCGAUACAAAGAUACGUUUCGCUAUGGUGAAGUGCUCCGGGCUUCCGUAGAUCAAAUCUACAUCAUCAAACAAGACGGCAAUUUGUACGUAAUCAGCAAUAAUGUGAAAGCAAGGGUAACCACUGCAGAUAUCCCAGCAACCAACGGUGUUCUACAUAUCAUUGACCAAGUGCUGGCUUUUCCCUAUAAAUCGGUGGCAGAAACAAUGGCUGACACGGCAUACCUCAGAGAAUUCUACGAGAUCCUUUCCCUAGAUCCAGAAUUCUUGUCGCAGGCCAAAGAUGAGACCACCAAUAUCAGUGUCUUUGCUCCGUCAGAGGGAUUUUUGAUGACAAUCGGCAGAGAAAAGAUGAAAGACAUUAAGAAUGACUUCCAAGUAAUAAGAAAGAUAUUUGCAGGUCACGUGGUGCAGAAUUCACGCCUGGACUGGAAGUACCUGCGUUCAAGAUUAAGGAAAAAAUGUGUCAUCAAAAACCAAUUUAAUAUCUCCUUCAAAAUCUUCCGGAAUAACAUCGGUGGUAUCUAUGUCGAUGCCGGAUUUGGAAUGCAGAGACUCUACCUGAUCAACCCCGCCAUCGGUUGCAGUAAUGGUAUUAUAUACGUCAUCGAUGGCUUCCUAAACUACUCACCAUUUAAUUUGAUUGAAAUGAUUGACAAAGAGACUUCAGUCAGUCAAAUUUCAACUCUGGUUACAGAUGCUCUCACAGACAUUUCCGACCAAUUCCUCAACGAUGAGGGAAAGUUCACGUUCUUCGUUCCUGGCAAUAUGGCUCUGAAGUACCAUUCAUUGGAGAAAAUUACGUCGAUUCUCCAAGAACCAGUUUACGAAAGAUCAAAGUUAAUAUUGCGACAUCUAAUUACGGACCACAUAUUGCCGCUGUCUGAGCUCAGCACUCACAGAUUGAGUAACUUAAUGAGAAAAGAAGGAAUGGAAGUAACCAAAGACAAAAAAGGCACCUACCUAGUUUGGAAAGGAAUCCAAGCCCGAAUUAUCAAAGCGAAUAUCCUGGCCUCGAACGGCAUCAUUCACGUUGUGGAGCGCUUUUUGCUAAUGAAUGACAAAGAGCGAUCCGCAUCGCAUUCCUCGACGAAUGCUGCCCGAGCACGGACUCUACACACGAUCCCACCCCGCCUGCACACGACUCCGGUGGAGUUCGUCAUACCACGGCAUCACAAGGGACUCCCAGAGUCGCACUCCAGGCCGGUAUUCGCCACGCCCCGGAUCACCACGCCCAGACUGGCCGGUGGACAUUCAGAAUACGCAAUCACAUCAUCGGCGCACAGACCUCACGCCGCCAGAUCGAUGAACGGACAUUUAGUAUUAACUGUAAUGUUGUUGUUGUUGUUGCUAGUAUUCACCAAUAGAUGGCAGCAAACGUAGCCAUACUAUUACAUCCUCGCUCCCCCUACCAUACCCACCACCACUACCCAGUAAUAUCCCCCCUCCCCCCGUAAUAAUAAAGAACAGAAAAACUAAAAGAAAGCAACAACAACAAAUAUAACAAAAACAGUGUUAUCUUCAAAUUUUGUAAAUGGUUUUACUACUACUAUUACUUAUUAUUAUUAUUAUCAUUAUUAUUAUUGUGAUGGAUUGACAGAAUAAUUUAAAGCGUCGGAAAAAAAUACCUCACGGUUAUUAUUAUUAUUAUUAUUAUUUUCGGCUAGCUUCGUUCUGUGUUUAAAUCCCGCCGAGGUCUACUUUGCCUUUCAUUCCUCCGUGGUAGAGAAAAUAAAGUACCAGUCAUGUACUGGGGGGUGGAUGGUAUGGACUUACCCACCCGUUCCCUCAAAAUCCUGGCCUUGUGCCUAAACCAGAAACCAUGAUUAUUAAUUAUUAUUAUCAUUAUUAUUAUUAUUAUUAUUACAACUGUUACUACGUUAAUUACUACUGAAAAAUACUAUUACUAAUAUUACUACUGUUUCUACUACUACAACUACUACUAUAGUAUAACUAUUACUAAUGUUUUUAAUACAAUUUAUAAAGUACUGGCAGAAUCGGUAGAGCAUCGGACAAAAAAGAAAAUCCUGCGGCAUUAAUCUAUCUUUUUCGUUUGUUUUUUUUUUUUAAUCUGACUUAUAAGUUCGAACCCUGCCGUGGUCAACUUUGCCUUUCGCCCUCCUGGGGAUCGAUCAAAUAAAGUACCAGCAAAGUACGUUAGUGACGACUUUAUAUCCAACACCGUCGCCCAUUGUAUCCCUGUAUCCCUUUACGUGUGUUGUUGUUGUUGUUGUGUCCACGGUAGUAACGGCGGUGGAUGAGCAGAACUGAUAGAGCGCCGGACAAAAUGCCUUGCGUGUAUUUAGUUGUGUUCGUUAACGUUCUGAGAUCAAAUCCUAACGAGGUCUACCUUUUUGCCUUUCAAGCCUCCGGCCGGGGGUCUGUAGAACAUUGAAAAAGUUAUAAAAGCAAGUACCUAUAGUCUACUCGGCGAUUUAACCAACAACACCCCCACAAACACACACACACACAUCUACAUCUACACGUUGAAAUUCAUGGCCUUGGGGCCACUAAAUUUAUAUAAAUCUAUAUUAUCCUAAUUAUUAGGGGAUGCUGAAGUGGCAGAUGCGAUACAGCAAGCUGACUGAGUGUUUUUCCUGAGUAAUUUUAGGUUCCUUAAAGUUUUAUUCAGUGUUUAAAGUUUCCGAGUUCUGAUAGUACGGAAACCAUAGCAGUUGCCUCCCAUCCUCCAAGGCUCGAUAUUAAUGAGUACCAGUUAUAUACUGAGAGACGAAAACAGAGGGGAAGAACGACAAUGGGGCGAGGCAAUAUCAUUCAAAAUAGAAUUAUAAACUCUAUCUUCAAAUAUUUAUGAACGUUUUGUGC